AUGAAGACAUUUGCACCUCAAAGUGCACUAAUGCAAGCACAGACCCCCUUGUCAACUGUGUGGGCAGCACAGGCAGCACACUGUUUAGCUGUUAUGGACUUGAUCAGGGGAAGAUACUUUCAAAGUCGCCUACUGCACCACUUGGGUGGCUGCAAGUACACGUCAAUCAGCGAGGUCCUUUCCAGGUUUGUCCAGCUUGCCAUUCUCGCUGGGUGCAUCCAACAGCACUUGAAUCGAAUGCAGGGUUGCUUGGCCAUGUCUAACUGGACUUUAGUCACAAGCGCAGUGAGCUCUUUCUGA